AUGUCUGGACUGUUGAAUUUCAGGGGGGCUGAAAACUUCAGACUUCGUUUGAUAUUGUCUACCCUGUCGGGGAAGGCAAUCAAGAUCGACAAGAUACGUUCAAAUGACCUGAACCCAGGCCUGAGAGACCAUGAGGUUUCAUUCCUGAGACUACUGGAGGCAGUCACGAACGGGUCUUCGAUAGAAAUAUCUUAUACGGGUACGACGUUGGUGUAUAGACCAGGCUUGAUAAUAGGGGGCAGUCUGUCACAUGCGUGUCCGUCCACUAGGUCGGUGACCUAUUUCAUAGAGCCAAUGCUGUAUCUUGCGCCGUUCUCAAAGCAGAAGUUUUCCAUAAUCUUCAAGGGUCUUACCAGUCACAAGUCUGAUCUUGGAAUUGACUCAAUAAGAUGGGGAAUCUUGCCAGUGAUGGAGAAGUUUGGAGUGAGGGAGUGCUCUCUGCACACUUUGAGUAGAGGAGAGUUCCCCAAUGGAGGUGGUGAGGUCCAUCUAAUGGUCGACUCCAGGAUCCCCCAACCGGUCACGAUGCAUGCUCUGGAUCUGCCAAAGAUCACAAGCAUAAGAGGAAUCUCAUACUGUACUCGUGUGAGUCCCAGUAUAGUGAACAGAAUGAUAGACUCUGCCAAGAGCGUACUGAGGCCGACUGGUGUUGAGAUCAAUAUCACCUCCGACGUCUGGCGCGGGGACAAGUCGGGAAAGUCUCCAGGAUUCGGCAUUACAUUGUUCACAGAAACUAAGAGUGGUUGGAGGUUGUGUAUAGACGAUAUCGGAGCAGCUGGAGAGACCCCGGAGGAUUUGGCUCAAAAGGUGGCCUUCGGUUUGCUUGAGUUGAUAGAGAGCAGUGGGGUGGUCUCUUCAUUUCAACUGCAGCUGGCCAUGGUGUUCAUGGUGAUUGGAAAAGAAGAUAUCGGAAGGUUGAUUAUCUACAAGGACCAGAUUGAUGAGAAGCUUAUCAGUUUAAUGCGUGACAUCAAAGCGGUUUUUGGGACCGAGUUCUACUUCAGAGAUAGCGACGAAAAGGACUUUUUGAUUGCGACCGCAAAGGGUAUUGGUUUCACUAAUGCUUCCAAGAAAAUAGCAUAA